AUGUCCACAAGCCGGACAUUCCCUGAUAACCAAAACCAGCGACCUGAGUUCUUAUAUGAUGAACACACCAGCUGGCCCAAAACCCAUUCCAUACCUGACGAAAACACAAGCCAACCAGAGUCCCGACUCACGGUCGCAUUAACAGCAACAAAGACAGACGACAUUUUCGACCGUCUGUUUGACCGGCAUUCAUCAUUAACCAAAAUCGUGAGAAUAAUUGGAUACUGUUUUAGAUUUAAGCAACACUAUCAAGCAACAACAACUUUAAACCCUACGGAACAAUAUAAGGCUCUAGAUGCCAUCAUCAAAGCAGUCCAGUGGUCCGCAUUUAACGACGACAUACGCCUACUGACAGCAAAAAAGCCAUGUAGCACUCACCUACGGAGACUAAGCCCAUUUCUGGAUGCAUCUGGUAUUCUUCGAGUUGGUGGACGAAUUCUACAUGCAUCAAUCCCGUAUGAACAAAAACAUCCUGCCUUGGUUCCAAAGAGGCAUCCAUUUACGUCAAUACUGAUUCACCACUACCACAAGGAAAACUGUCAUCCAGGCCCAGCCACAUUGCAACGACUCAUUCAACAACGGUUCUGGAUAAUCUCAGCACGUCAAGUUAUUAGGUCCCAUCUUCGUUUAUGCAUUCCAUGCUAUCGUGUGCGUCCAAAACACAUCCAACCGACAAUGGGAAAUCUCCCAGUUUGUCGUUUACAGCAGAUUAAGCCAUUCCACGCAACUGGAGUAGACUAUGCAGGCCCUAUACCCUUAAAGGAAAGAAGAACACGAAACGCACAGGUCAGUCAUGCUUAUAUCUGUCUGUUUGUGUGCAUGAGCACGAAAGCACUUCAUCUCGAAGUCGCGUCCACUUUAUCGACCGAAACCUUCCUUAUGGCAUUCACCCGUUUCGCUGCUCGCCGAGGACCAAUCCAGGCAAUCUAUAGUGAUUGUGGUACCAACUUUGUGGGAGCAUCUCGACUGUUCAAAUCAGUUUCUGAGUACCAAAACGCUAUAACCAAUCAUCUCUCUACACAGCAGAUUCAAUGGCACUUCAAUCCACCAUCAGCCCCUCACUUCGGAGGUUUAUGGGAAGCAGGUGUCAAGUUCAUGCAGCGAUGGCGGCUCCUCCGAGAUAUUCACCAACAUUUCUGGAGUCAGUGGAAAAGUGACUUUAUCAAUACUUUGCAACAACGCGUGAAAUGGACAAAGGACAAUGGAGCUUUGCGUCAAGAUGAUCUAGUUCUCAUUAAGGAACCAAUCAGCUCACUUCAAUGGAGACUGGGCCGCAUCGUUCAACUUCACCCAGGUAACGACGGAAUCAACCGUGUUGCCACCGUCAAAACAACCUCGGGAACUUUCAAACGUCCUGCCAUCAAGCUCUGUCCACUUCCACAGAAUUAA